AUGGCUUCUUCAGCGAUGGAAACCUGCAAAUCAGAAGAUAUGCACAUGCAGGUGGACAUUGAGAAGAACGCACAAGACGUACGGUCUCAGUGGGUUCUUAACGCUCCUGAGCCCCCAAGUCCAUGGCGUGUGGUUGCAGAUUCUGUGAGGAAAACCAUCUCUCACUAUAAACAAAAGUUUUCCUCUCUCACAGAUCAACCCUGCACCACAAUCCUCCUGUCAGUUCUGCAGGUUGUUUUUCCUAUUCUUGCUUGGGGCAGAAACUACACUGCCACUAAGUUCAGGAAGGAUCUUCUUGCAGGCCUCACUAUUGCUAGUCUCUGUAUUCCCCAGAGCAUUGGAUAUGCAACCUUAGCACAUCUUGAUCCACAAUAUGGCCUUUAUACAAGUGUGGUACCACCACUUAUCUAUGCUGUGAUGGGAACUUCUAGAGAGAUAGCAAUUGGUCCUGUGGCAGUGGUUUCUUUGCUGUUAUCCUCAAUGAUGGAGAAAUUAGUAGACCCUGCAUCUGAUCCAGUGGGUUAUACAAAGCUAAUUCUGCUUGCUACUCUCUUUGCUGGUAUCUUUCAGACUUCCUUCGGACUCUUCAGGCUGGGGUUCCUUGUGGAUUUCCUAUCCCAUGCUGCAAUAGUUGGAUUUGUGGCAGGAGCAGCCAUUGUGAUAGGGCUUCAACAGUUGAAGGGACUCUUAGGAAUCAGCCAUUUUACGACAAAAACCGACAUAGUCUCUGUCAUGAAAGCUGUCUGGGAAGAAGUUCACAAUCCCUGGAACCCUCGAAAUUUUAUCCUCGGAUGCUCGUUCUUGGUCUUCAUCCUAACAACGAGAUUUCUGGGUAAAAAGAAGAAGAAACUGUUCUGGUUGGCAUCAAUCUCUCCUCUUGUGUCUGUUAUUUUGUCAACUCUACUUGUGUUUUUGACAAGAGCUGAUAAAAAUGGAGUUAAAAUUGUGAAACAUGUCAAAGGAGGAUUAAAUCCAAUCUCCAUCCAUCAGUUAGACUUCAACAGUCCCUACAUUGGAGAGGUGGUCAAAAUUGCACUAGUGGUUGCUGUCGUUGCCCUUACCGAAUCUAUUGCUGUUGGGCGAUCCUUUGCAUCCAUCAAAGGAUACCAACUUGAUGGAAACAAAGAGAUGAUGUCAAUAGGUUUGACAAACAUCGUAGGAUCUUUCACCUCCUGCUACGUCGCAACUGGUUCGUUCUCCCGCACUGCUGUUAAUUAUGCAGCUGGGUGUGAAACUCUGGUGUCAAACAUUGUGAUGGCCAUCACGGUCUUGUUAUCACUGCAGUUUUUGACAAAGCUCUUGUAUUACACUCCUACAGCUAUUCUUGCUUCUGUGAUCCUUUCUGCUCUCCCGGGACUUAUUGACGUCAGUGAAGCCUACAAAAUCUGGAAGGUUGAUAAGAUAGACUUUCUUGCUUGUGCUGGUGCCUUCUUCGGGGUACUGUUCGCUUCUGUAGAGAUUGGUCUGCUAGUGGCGGUGGUUAUAUCUUUUUCAAAGAUCAUUCUCAUCUCAAUUCGACCAGGUACAGAAACUCUGGGAAAACUUCCGGGAACUGAUUUGUUCUGCGAUGUCUAUCAGUAUCCCAUGGCAGUGACGAUUCCCGGGGUUAUGAUAAUACGAGUCAAGUCUGCGUUGCUUUGCUUCGCAAAUGCCAAUUUCGUUAGAGAAAGGAUCAUCAAAUGGGUCUCCGAGGAAGAAUCAGAAGAUGACAAGGGAAACUCAAGAAGCACCAUUCAACUCGUAAUUCUUGACACCUCCAAUUUGGUGAACAUUGACACCUCUGGAAUUUCUUCUCUAGAGGAACUGCAUAAGAGUUUGUCUUCAAAUGGAAAACAGUUAGCCAUUGCGAACCCUAGGUGGCAAGUGAUACACAAGCUAAAGGUGUCCAACUUUGUGGGCAAAAUUGGUGGCAGAGUAUUUCUGACCGUUGAAGAAGCUGUUGGUAGCAAGAGCCGGUGCUAA